AGCUCAGUUGUAAAAAGGAGAACAGAGCACACUCAUUUCUACCUCACUGUCUCUCCACCAAAACCAACUAAUUCAUUGCUAUCAUAGCAUAUGUAUCCCUUCCCAGUGUUUCUCUUUCUCACCAUUCUAUGCCUUCUUGGUUCUACAGCUGACGCCAUAGGCGUCAACUGGGGUACCAUGUCUUCUCACCCUCUCCCACCUCCCAAGGUGGUUGAGCUCUUGAAGUCCAACGAGGUUUCCAAGGUCAAGCUUUUCGAUGCUGACCCACUUGUGCUACAAGCUCUCUCUGGCUCCAACAUUGUUGUCACUCUGGGCAUCCCCAAUUCCAUGCUCAAAACUCUUAACUCCUCUAGGAAAGCUGCUGAGAGUUGGGUCCAUGAUAAUGUCACCCGUUACUUCUCUCAUGGUGAAGCUGGAGUUCGAAUUGAGUAUGUUGCUGUUGGAGAUGAACCAUUUCUCCAAAGUUAUGGUGAUCAGUUUCAUCCCUUUGUCAUUGGAGCAGCGAUGAACAUCCAAGCAGCUUUAACAAAAGCAAACUUGGCGGGUGAAGUGAAAGUUGUUGUUCCAUGUAGUUUUGAUACGUUUGUGUCUGAAUCUGGUCGGCCUUCAAAAGGACACUUCAGGACUGACCUCAAUAAAACCAUGAUCGAACUACUUACAUUUCUCAGCAAGCAUCACUCUCCUUUCUUUGUGACUAUUUCUCCAUUUAUAAGUUUCCAGCAGAACAAGAACAUAUCCCUUGACUUUAGUCUUUUCAAGGAAAAUGCUCGUCAUCAUAAUGACAGUCAUAGAACUUACAAAAACAGCUUCGAUUUAAGUUAUGAUACCCUUGUUAGUGCAUUAUCAAAGAUUGGGUUUCCAGAGAUAGAUAUUGUUGUUGCACGCAUUGGUUGGCCUACUGAUGGAGCAGCCAAUGCAACCUCAUCUAUUGCUGAGACAUUUAUGAAGGGCCUCAUUGAUCACCUUCAUAGCAAAACAGGAACUCCUCUUAGACCCCGGAAUCCUCCUAUCGAAACAUUCAUGUUUAGCCUCUUGGAUGAGGACCAUAGAAGCAUAACCUCUGGAAAUUUUGAGCGACACUGGGGGGUGUUCACUUUUGAUGGCCAAGCCAAGUACCAUUUUAACUUCGGCCAGGGCACUAAAAACCUUGUGAAUGCUCAAUUCGUUGAAUACCUUGCUCCAAAAUGGUGCGUUGUAAACAAUAACAAAGAUUUGUCAAAUGCAUCUGCAAGUGCUUUGGAGGCAUGUUCUACAUCUGAUUGUACUGCGCUGUCUCCAGGUGGCUCCUGUUCCAAUAUCAGCUGGCCCAGUAAUAUUUCCUACGCAUUUAACAGCUACUAUCAGCAGAAUGAUCAAAGGGCAGAUAGCUGUGAUUUUGGGGGGUUGGGUCUCAUCACUACUGUUGAUCCAUCGGUUGAUACUUGCAGAUUUUUUGUUGAACUUCAAACUUCCCAUUCAACUUCUGCUCAUGAGGCUUAUAUCUUUCUGAGGAUAAUAUUGCUGUUGGCCUGCCUUUUUUCAUGUUUAUUGGGUUUCACAUGGUAGAGAGAGAUGCUUUUUAAAUUACAAAAGGCUGAUUGCUGUGAUAUUUCUUCUGCAGGGAAUUAGAUUAGCUCCCAAAGCUCUGUUAGUUGCUGGUUUUCAGUUGAAAGAAAAAGGAUGGGAGAAAAUUAAGUUGACCUCAAUUUUGUGUACUGAGAGUCAUUUUGUAUCUUUGGGGUUGUUUGUGCUGGAAAUGUAACCUUGAUUUCAAUUUUUCUAGUCAAACUUUAGCAUCAAAGUGAUGAUUGACAUUAAUCAAAGACUAUAUUGUUGAACA